UGUGCUGGUCAGGUUUCUGGAGCAUGGGCCUGGCCUAAUGAACAGACCUGCUAAUUAGGAGCGCCCAACGUUGACUGCAACUUCCAGGGCUGUGGAUGCAGAUGAUGGGUGUUGUUGUCGUCCCUGCAUGGCUGCACACACUGCAUUGGGGUGGGUUGUCCCAAACUGGAGAUGAGUUGCCCCACUUCACUUUGGUGCUCCCAGGAAAGCUGGACAAAUGUCCUUAGGGUGAGUUUGCCCCUCUGGGCAGCACAGGUGGACUUUGGGACAUAUAGGGAAAGCAUCUCCAACCCACUGUGAUAAACCCGGACCCCCACACUGUGGCUGUGCAGGCUGCAUGCUUGUUUUCACACGAGCAGAAUGGGUGUGGGUAGCAAUUUAUCUUCCUGCCUAUCACUGCAGAUUCAGUAUCUCCUUUCACUGCUGCUCUCCCCACAUGAAUCAUGAGCAGAGAGGGAGGGUGGGUGUGGGUGCGGAUGGGAACGCAUGGGCUUUGGCGUGGGGCAUGCACAGGUAUGUGUACGCAAGCCGUGCAGAGCAGGCAGCAAGCUCUCCUAUUUUUCUGCUGUAGAAUAAAAUCUGUGCUUUGUGAUGGGCAUGUGAAUCACGCACUUUGGGGUGGGUGCCUCUCCAGAUGAGGAACGCAGCACCACAGAAACGAGGGGGGCUGAGCCGUGGUGCCCCCGAGCUGCCACAUCGCCUCCAUCAUUGUGGCUGCUGAGCCGCCUAAUGAGGGGCUUAAUGAGGAUUAGCGGCCGCCCUUUGCUCCACAGCGUGCCUAGGGGACUGGGGCUGCAUUGAGAAGGAGUGGUGUGUGCUGGGGCUGUGGGUGCUUGGACAAGGACGGUCCCCACUGCAAGGGUGUCCCUGCCUGCCAGCAAGAAGUAGCAGAUGGGCAUGACGUCUCAGCUGUCUUAGGGUAGAUGGCUUUAGGGCACAGGAUGCAGACUCUGGCCUGGGUGGGCAUCGCCAGCCUGUGUUUGGGAGCAACCUGGGCUGUCCCAGCCAAGAAAGAGAGGAAGAAGGUGGAGAAGCCAAAAGCUGACCUUGUGCUCUAUGAAAACCUGGAUCUGGACAACUAUGAUGUGACUCUGGACAGCUAUGGGGACAUCAUGGACCUGAACAACUAUGAGGAGCUCUAUGACUACGGUGAUCUGGUUCCGAAGAUCGAGGUCGGGACUCUGGCUCCUCGGCCCAAGGACCGCAAGGCUCUGCCAGAGCUGGGCACAGCAGCUCCAGCACCAAAGCUGCAGCCUCUGGCCACCACCAAUCCCAUCCACCCAGCACCACCAGGACCUGGCACUGUGCAGGGCCUCCCCAGCUGCUUGCGCUGCCUCUGCAUCAGAACCUCCGUGUACUGUGAUGACACCGACCUGGAGCACAUCCCACCACUGCCGCCCGACACCACCUACCUGUACGCCCGCUUCAACCGCAUCAGCGCCAUCCGGGCUGGUGAUUUUAUGGGGCUGAAGAAACUGAAGCGAAUAGACCUGACAAGCAAUUCCAUCUCCUGGGCAGAUGCGGAUGCUUUCCGUCACCUCUCCAGCCUGCAGGAGCUCAUCCUGCCUGAGAACAGGCUGACGGCACUUCCCGAGCUGCCCCGCAGCAUCAUCAGGCUGGAUGCCCGUCUCAACAGGAUCUCCAGUGCUGGUCUCCGGCCCGAAGCUUUCCAGGACCUCAAGCAGCUGCAGUUUCUCCAUCUGUCCGAUAACCAGCUGGACUACAUCCCUGCACCCCUGCCCGAGAGCCUACGGUCUCUGCACCUCCAAAACAACAACAUCCAGACCAUGCAUGAGGACACGUUUUGCAAUAGCCAAGACCAGAGCCACAUCCGCAGGGCUCUGGAGGACAUUCGCCUCGAUGGCAACCCCAUCAACCUCAGCCUCUUCCCCAAUGCCUACUUUUGCCUGCCCCGCCUGCCCACAGGGCGCUUCCUCUGAUUCCCAGCAUCAACCCCUGAUGGGGAGCAUCCCCAAGCCCUUGACAUUCCACCUGUACUCCCUCGUGUCCCACUGUUCCAUGGAAAACAUGGGAUUAAGGCAGACAUAUUUAACCUUAGGGUGAGCUGAGCAUCUGCACACGGGUGAACUCAGUUCUGAGGCAAGCAGAACCGGGUGUGGGCAGUUGUAAUAAAAUGAAGACUUUAAAAAUGCA